GUGCGGGAAGCCACCGCGCAGAGCCUCGUUAGCAUCCAGAGAAGCGGAGACGGUAGAAACGGAAGCGGUGGAAUCAUGAAGGUGUAUUUCUGCGGGAGCAUCCGCGGCGGCAGAGAUGACGUGCACGUGUACCGGAGGAUCGUUGAGAAGCUGCAGAGCUACGGGACCGUGCUGACCGAGCACGUGAGCAGCAGCCAGCUCAGCGACAGAGGAGAGGACGCCGCAGCAGCGGGAGACAGAGCCAUUCACGACCGAGACGUGGACUGGCUGCGACAGUCUGACGUGAUCGUGGCGGAGGUGACGCAGCCGUCUCUGGGCGUCGGCUACGAGCUCGGCCGAGCCGUCGACAUGAAGAAGAAAAUCUUCUGUCUCUUCAGACCGUCGUCGGGACGCAGUCUCUCGGCCAUGAUUCGAGGAGCCGACGACGGCGAGCUGUUCGUGGUCAGAGAUUACAGCGAGGACGAGGUGGAGAACGUUCUGGAAGAGUUCUUCAACGAGCUGAAGAGGACCUGAAGAGGAGGCAGCUGAAUAUGACAUCAUGUGACUGACAGAACAGAAGCUGAUUGGACAGAGGACUGAUCGAUCGAUUAUUUGACUCGAAGUUUUUAUCUGAAUUCAUAAUAAAACUGCACCUGAAAGGAAAUUUAGACUAAUGGUUUUCAAAAUAAAAUAUUUAAAGCUGCUAAUUCAGUGGCGUUUAC